AAAUCCUGAAGUGUGGGAUAGGGCUAAAGCUAAGUAUGGUGACAGUUAGCUGGCUUAAACAGGAGAUUAACCCCCGUUCUCUUUGGGUGACCUGCAGGAGCGAGAAACAGCCUCACUCAGAUCUGGCAAGUUCCUUUUCGCCUCCAGUGGAAGCAGAAGAGGCAGUGCUGGAGGAAGAGGAAGUACCUGAGGUGGACACCGCAGGGGAACCUGAUGUGAACGCUACAGAAGAACCAAAUCCAGCUGAAACCAGCUACCGAGAAUCUAAAGAUACAAUUAGCAGUGGCCAUCUUAGCAACUCUCCUUUCUACUAUUUCUAUCAAGGUGUUGCUGCAUCGUGAUGUUAAAGGUAGAAGAAUCACACAGGCAAUUGCAAAGCUAUGGCUUCAAAGCAACCCCAGAGAAGUGCUGCUGCAAGGAAGAGAACUGCAGAAGCUGCCAGAACAAAUCCAGGACAGGAAGCUGUUGAGUUUCUGGUGCAGGGUUAAGCUUACCUGCAACCCCAGACGAAUGCUUGCAUGGUCCUUCCAAUCAUCCCAGAAAUGCAGAAGACAAACCCAGAGGUAACAGGAGGGUCCAGUAGUGGUCUGUCACUGUAUAUGUGCAAUACCAUUCAAUUUCAGGAAAAUAUAUUUUUAAACCAAAGGCCAAAUGCAUCCACAGUGGCGAGCGCAACACACAUUAGCUUUUCUUUUCCAGGAAUACUUCUUGUCAGUUGGUUUGUGGAUUGUAAACCUUUACAGCACAACAGGUUACUAUCACCAACCCUGUGAUGCAGAACACACAAAUACUGCCUGGAAAAGAGAACUGCUAUCGUGUUUCAGGUCUUCCUGUGAGUGACUUGAACACAGGUUACAGAUGGCAGUUCUUCCAAUUAGUUCCUCAGACAGCCUCAAAAGCCCCCAGAGACUUUUUUCAAAGCCUGUCCAAAAUGCACUGAAGUCAGGCAUAUUUUUAUGGAAAUUCUGAGUUUCUGAUGUCUUGAGGUUUGGAACGGAUGCUGCACACCAUUAUGAACUCAAGAGUUUCCAAAAGGAAUGGGAACCCAGCAGAUGGCAGGCAGCAAUGGUCCAUCACUGCUGCUCAGACCUGUGCUUAGCUCUGCUUUGGGCCUCCGGGGGGGCAGGGGAGGACAAUAAGACAAGACUGGAGAUAAACAAAGAAACUCCCAAGUGGUGUUUCUGUUUGGCAGCCCCUCAUACCUUCUUGUGGCUGGAACAAAGAAUUUGCGUUUGGUUUUUUGGGGCUUUUAGUUGGAUCCUGUGAUUUCAUAAAAGAGGGCAUGUUGGCAUCACUACAAAGGUGUAUAAUGAGAAGUCAGCUGUGCGGGUAGACUGACGUGAACUUGGGAAUGACGUUCCUCCCAAGACUCAUAAAAUGUGACAAGGGAACGUACUGCCCCUGGGCGUACUGUAGAGCAUGAAGUCAGCCUGGCUGAGCUCCGAAGGGACUGAGAUCAUGGGCAGAAAGCAACCUGGGAACUGGGGACCUCACUGAGGUUUGUUCAGUCUCUUCCAGUGCGAGAUGGUGAGAUUCCCCAUGUGUUUCAUUGUUUCUCCCUCUGCAAACCUUAGAGAAGAAGGCUUUAAGUAGAAGCCUGGACAAGUAGAAUUCUCCAGGUUUGGCUGGCAAAUAAAAGAAGAAAAAUGAGAAACUGAUGACACUUUUCUAGAUUUCAUGAACUAUCUGAUUUGCAGACAGUCCUCCACAGGGAGUAAGUGGGAUGGAUCAUUUGGAUUCCUGUCUCUGUGGGGCUACUGAGACUGAGCUCCGGGAUGACAACGUCCUUCCAGCAGAGAGGCUCCCAGCGUUCACUCCAGCCUGGCUUCAAACAAAGAAGGGGCAGGAAUCACAGCGCUUGAACGCAGCUUCUGGCAGCGAGGGCAGACAGAGGACCUCCAAUUCCGCACCCAAAGGAGCGGGACAUUUAUGUUCAUUUCAUUAUUUUGUUCAUCAUUCACCCCAUCCCGGUCGCCCCCCGCCCUCAGCGCGGGAGCGCCCCUACUCCGGGGCGGUGCCGGUUCCCGCCCCGCGCGCUGAUUGGCCGCCGCGGGGCACGUGACCGCGGCGGGGCGGGGCGCGCGCUGCCAUUGGGCGCGGGCGCGGCGGCGGCGCCAUGGCCUACCAGGGGCUGGCGCAGGAGUACCUGGGCAUGCCGGCCGUGACGCGCGCCUACACCACCGCCUGCGUCCUCACCACCGCCGCCGUGCAGCUGGAGCUCAUCACCCCCUUCCAGCUGUACUUCAACCCCGGCCUCAUCUUCAGGAAGUUCCAGAUAUGGAGGCUGAUCACCAACUUCCUCUUUUUUGGGCCCCUGGGAUUCAGUUUCUUUUUCAACAUGAUAUUUCUGUACAGGUACUGCCGCAUGCUGGAAGAAGGCUCCUUCCGGGGAAGGACGGCUGACUUUGUCUUCAUGUUCCUCUUCGGAGGCUUUCUCAUGACACUCUUUGGACUCUUUGCCAGCCUGUUUUUCCUGGGCCAGGCUUUCACCAUCAUGCUGGUGUACGUGUGGAGUCGCAGGAACCCCUAUAUCCGUAUGAACUUCUUUGGGCUUCUUAACUUCCAGGCCCCCUUCUUGCCCUGGGUCCUGAUGGGAUUCUCACUGCUCCUGGGCAACUCCAUCAUCAUUGACUUACUGGGGAUUGCAGUGGGUCACAUCUAUUAUUUCUUGGAAGAUGUUUUCCCCAACCAGCCUGGAGGAAAGAAGCUGCUGUUAACCCCUGGUUUCCUAUGGUAUUUGACACACCUGAAGAGGAUCCCAACUAUAACCCUCUCCCUGAGGAUCAUCCAGAAAACCAACCUAGAGACCGAGACCAGAACCAGCAGCAACAUCCACAGUAACUUCUCCAUGUGGCCAGAUUCUUCUUUUCCAUCUGGACUUAUGCUGUGGCCAAGAUCCUCCUGGAAUAACACCAGUUGCCAUUCGGAUGUGUAAUGUUUCACUGUUUGUAUGGGUAACCCAUCUUCCCCUUGUACUGAGUGGUUUCACAGACCUUUGCACAUCAGAAGUGCCCAGUGCUUACGGAGGUGUUCUAGGGACAGGGCUGGAAGUGGUAAUGGAUCCUCAAGUUACUCAGUGGGGAGCAAAUAGCAAAUGGGGUGUUAAACCAAUUACUCUUCCUCUUGCUGUUAAUGACUUGCUGUGUGCCAGGUCACUCUUGCCCUUGAUACACAGACUAGUGCUCCUGGUUCUCACUGUUGUGAGGCCUCUUUGUGGGCUUUCAAUGAAGUGGUAUUUCCUACUCUUCCAUGGUAGAAUGCAGCUCAGCCUUUUCUUUUCCUCUAAUUCCUCCGCUCCUUUUUUGGUGGGUGUUUCCAAAGAGUCUUUACAUUAAAGUCUUUAUUUUUCA